AUGUUCCUGUCAGUCCGGAGAAAUGACGAAAUCCUCGUCAGAUUGUUUCUUGAACAUAACGCAGAUGUAAAUAUGAAAGAUUAUUCUGGAGAUACACCCUUGCGUUGGUGUGUCAGAGAGGGUAACGAAAACCUCUUUAGAUUGUUACUUGAACACACCGCGGAUGUAAAUAUGAAAGAUUAUGCUGGAGAAACACCCUUGCGCUGGUGUGUCAGACAGGGUAACGAAAACCUCUUUAGAUUGUUACUUGAACACAACGCGGAUGUAAAUAUGAAAGAUUAUGCUGGAGAAACACCCUUGCGCUGGUGUGUCAGACAGGGUAACGAAAACCUCUGUAGAUUGUUACUUGAACACAACGCGGAUGUAAAUAUUCAAGAUAGACUGGGAUAUACACCCUUGCACUGGUGUGUCAGAGAGGGUAACGAAAACCUCUGUAGAUUGUUACUUGAACACAACGCGGAUGUAAAUAUUCAAGAUUAUGCUGGAGAAACACCCUUGCGCUGGUGUGUCAGACAGGGUAACGAAAACCUCUUUAGAUUGUUACUUGAACACAACGCGGAUGUAAAUAUGAAAGAUUAUGCUGGAGAAACACCCUUGCGCUGGUGUGUCAGACAGGGUAACGAAAACCUCUGUAGAUUGUUACUUGAACACAACGCGGAUGUAAAUAUGAAAGAUUAUUUUGGAGAUACACCCUUGCAAUGGUGUGCCAGAGAGGGUAACGAAAACCUCUGUAGAUUGUUACUUGAACACAACGCGGAUGUAAAUAUUCAAGAUAGCCUGGGAUGUACACCCUUGCACUGGUGUGCCAGAGAGGGUAACGAAAACCUCUUUAGAUUGUUACUUGAACACAACGCGGAUGUAAAUAUUCAAGAUAAUCAUGGAUAUACACCGCUUCACUUAUUAGUUCGUGAAACUUAUAUAUUUAACGGUGAGAUAAUCGAUCUCCUGGUGACGUAUGGGGCUCAAAAUAUAGACAUCCGUGACGCAGAAGGCAGAACUCCUCUUCAAAUGGCAGUGAAAUGUGGUAACGCGCAAGCUGUGAAAAAGCUCAUUGACCAUGGAGCUGAUGUUAGUGUGGUUGAAGCCGAGGAGACUGAUGCCAGAAGACUGAAACGCUUAAAGAAUAAAGCUGAAAAACUCACAGAGUCUCAUCCCAAAUCAGAGAAAAUCCUGAGGCAAACCACCCCCUCGUCUACAUAUACAACAGAGGAAAUAGAGGAAGAAGAGGAAGCUGAACAAAGGAAAACCCUGGCAGUGAGGCACCACAAAAAAAAGGCGACUACAUCUUCAAGAACAAAUAACUGCGUAAUGGCUUGA